CGCCUUGUGACAUGGCCUUGUGAAUGAGGAUAGAUCUUUGCAUGCUCCAUACCUGUCGGUUUGUCAGGAAAAGAAUCAUGUUUGAAGAGAGGCUGUCAACCCUGUACGACUCUCUCUUGAGCGGGAAAAGUAUCUCUUAUGCUUCAGUUGAAAAAAUAUUGAUUGAAAAGUUUGAAGCGAACCAUGAAAGGCUUUUGCAUCUAUCAAUAAUUAGACAGCUAUUUUCUGAGAGUGCACCCUGUCCGUCACCAGUGGAAAAAAACCAGAGCAAUCAGGUUGCUAGCAGUGAUGCACGACCUACUGCUGUGGAUGACACUGCAAGAGCUGAUUUGUGCCAGAGUUUGUUGGAGAAAGAUGUUUUCUUCUCAAAUAUGGUUCGCUGUUUAAUUUGUGAUGAGCAGCUUGUCUCUUUCGCUGCCUCCAGAGCUCUUGUUGCUGUUAUGGGAAGAAGACAACUCCCUGCUCAUCUUGAUGGCAGCAAGCUGGAAAAUCUGAUGAAUGACAUUCUGAAUAUGAUCGACGUUGAGAGUCUCUGCAAGAAAAGGUCAAUAUACUGCCUGCAGUUGUUCACUAACCUAUUGAAACAGCUGAGAAAGCCCCUUGCCUCUGAUCAUCCCGCACUGUUGCGUUCUUUGGGUAUAUUAAAGUACCACUGGCCAAAGAUCCUUGCUUCAUUUCAAACUUCAUCAAGAACCAUUCGACAGCCUUCCGUCAGAGCCUGCUCACUACAACAACCGUCUCUCACUACUACGACAACAAACCCUCAACCACAUUCACCUUUUGAUGAUAAAGAAUUCGGAUUGAGUCUAGGAGAAUUUCUUUCACUGACAGUCGAAAUUCUUCGUUAUACAGAAGUGGGUUUGCAAGCCGAAAAUCUUAAUUCUUUGUUGAUUCCAAUUUACUUCGAAGUCGUUCAGUCGCUGUGUGCUUUAACCUACCUCACUGGUGUUUGUCAGGCCAAUCGUUUAUAUCUUCUCAAGCGUGUUUUGGAUGUAUUCGUUAAAAUCAAUUACUUUUCUCUGCAAAAAUCAUUAGAUUUUGAAAAAUCACAUUGUUCAAUACCACACCCCCUUGAACCCACUAAGUCACAACCACUACACUCCCACAUUGUCACCCAGUCACCAACUUCCAUCGAUUCAGAAUCAGUACCACAUGUCAUAGAAACACCUAGUUUAUUUUCCUCGUCUCCACAAUUCACAGAGCCACCAGCAAUCAGUUCAAGCCUACCACCACUCUCCAGUACACAAUCUGUUUCUCUGAUAGUCCCACAGCCCUCUGCAGACUCAAACACACAAGAACAAAUCCUUCAUGAGUCUCUCCAUUGCCUCUUACGUAAUUUAGCCCUUGUCGAGUGCUUCCGGUUUUGGAUGACCAAGUUCACUAAGAUUGCUGGAGUUGACGUUUACGUUGAGGAGGCUGCACCCUUGAUAGAGGAUGGGCUGAAAUGCACCGUCACUAGGAAAGCUUGUCUUCUUUUGUUGGAGUAUGUCACCUCGAUUAUUGUGAGGGAGUCGAAAUCUCACCUCUCCGUGCAAUUGCUCCUUCAUCUAGAGAGCUUACUGCAGACUAUUGUAGCUUGGGCUAAAAACAGUGUACCACCUUCGUUAGCUGCCACUCUGGAGGGUCUAUUACAGGACGAUGUCGAGAGUCCUGGGGUGGAUUUUCUACGACUUCUCUUCUACUCCAUUCUGACUGAGCAGGAUGAUUGUCUGGUCCGAGCCCUCAUGGCUAGUGCUAAUGUUCACAACUCACUCUACAAGGAAUAUGACAGCAUCACAGUGGACAUUCCCCUCCUUCACCUCUCUCUGGGGGUGUUCAAUAUCCACACCUUGUUUGUCAAAUUCCUCAGUGGUGCUGGUUUUGACUCCACCCUCUUAUUGGACUUUGUCAUGUCCUCUGAAACACGCUUCAGCUACUUCCUGGUCAGAUACCUCGAGAUUGUGAUCAGGGAGAAAGAGAAUUCAGUAAUUUUUAACUAUGAUUUACCUUGUGCAUGUGCUGAAUUAGAUAUCGUGGACGAGUACAUGAGUAUGGACUUAAGUGGGUCAGAGGACAAUGAGAAUGAAGAAAUGGGACAUUUUGUAGAGGAACUGGCUGAGAGAGGAGUUGUUGCACAAUUGUCCAACGUACAACAAGAGCAUUGCAUCAGCGUAAGUGGAGAGAAAUCGUAUGGUGAAAAUUCUGCUGUGGCUGAGAACAUUUCCCACAAAAAAUUUGAAUCUGAAACUUGUUUCGGAAUUAAAGCACUUCCAACAGCUUCUCGAAAACGUAAUCAAAUUUCACCUGGUGAUGUUGAAUUUCCUAAUGCCAAGAGAGCCAAAUGUAAUCAGCAUGUUCUGCUGUCUCCUGAACGUGAUUCAACUUCUGAUCCUGAUUCAAAAGCAUUCACCCAACCCGAUCUUGCAUCCAUAGACCUUGUACGCAUGCCAGAGCCUAUUACAGUGUCUAGUGUGUCUCAAGCAAACCAGGACCUUUCUUCAUCGGAGAUUGUGUAUGAGCGAUCGCAACCCAUUGUCGAUUCCCAGCGUGAUCCAUCCAUUGAAUCUGAUGACCCACCUCCGACACAAACGUUGGUUAGAGUGUUGAAUUGUUUGGUGGAACUCGGUGAGACACUCGCUAGGUUGUGUAGUAAGAAGCUGUUGUCAAUGAGGGAAAACAAUGUGGAGAGAAUUGUGUUUUUAACUGAACAAUUAACGCACAUAUUUAAUGCACAUAUUUUCGAGCAUUAAACUUUAAUUUUAUGAAAACACUUGAUUAUGAAAGUUAAUGUGCAA